UCUGUUCAUUUUUUGAUUUCGGUUGUAAGCGUUGCAACUUGGGUCAUCUUUCUCUCUUUUUUUCACCUUUAUCUUCUACUUUUUCCCCCCGUCUCUCUCUUUCACUUUGCAUGUUUCACUCGUAAGUGCUUUUACACCAAUUUUUCUUCCUGGUUUCGUUGUUUUUAAAAGCAAUGCCUAAAUUGAACCGAUCCCAUUAAGAAUCCAGUUGGGUCUCUUCAUUUGUCCCCAGAGCUACUAGAACUUCCCACCUCCCCCGUUAAAAUGGCCCAAACAGCUUCCAAAUGCAUCUUCUUUUCCUUUCUGUCUCUCCUAGCCAUCUGCUCUUCUGGUAGAUUUGUUGGGUCGUAUUUGGAAGUGGAAGAAAAUGCUUCCAUGGAGUUGAGAUGGGAAGAAGGCCGGAACCGGAAACUCACUGAGCGUGAUCGGAGAACAAUGCACGAC